AUGGCGCUGAGAGCGCUGCGCCUCUCCGUCGUCGUCGUCGCGGUCGUCGCCCUCUCCGCGCUCCCGCGGCGGGCCGACGCCGCCCCGGGCAUCCGGCCAGGGCACAAGGAGGCGGACGUGAUCGUCGCGCUGCCGGGGCAGCCGCCGGCCGUGCAGCUGCGGCAGUACUCCGGCUACAUCCACGUCAACCGGGCCGCGGGGAAGUCGCUCUUCUACUACUUCGUGGAGGCGCCCGUCGACCCCGCUCACAAGCCGCUCGUCCUCUGGCUCAAUGGAGGGCCUGGCUGCUCUUCCUUCGGGAUUGGAGCGUUCCAGGAGGUUGGCCCCUUCCGUGUCGACACGGAAGGCAGGACCCUCUGCCCGAACCCCUACUCCUGGACCGCCGCGGCGAACCUGCUCUUCCUGGAGAGCCCCGUGGGCGUGGGCUUCUCCUACGCCGUGAACGAGGAGGUGUACAAGACCAUGGGGGACAACAUGACCGCCAUCGACUCGCACAUCUUCCUGCUCAGGUGGUUCGACCGCUUCCCGGAGUACAAGGGCCGCGAGUUCUUCAUCGUCGGCGAGAGCUACGCCGGCCACUACAUCCCCGAGCUGGCCGUCACCAUCGAUGUCCAGAACAAGAACCCCAAGCUCACCCCCAUCAACCUCAAAGGAAUCUCCAUCGGGAACGGCAUACUGGAGUUCGCGGAGGAGCAGGCGGAGCUGUAUGAGUACCUGUGGCACCGCGCCUUCAUAUCGGACGCGGCGCACGACACCAUCGCCAAGCACUGCAAGGGCCCCGACGACCUGUCCACCGUCUGCCAGGCGGCCAGGGACACCGCCUACGGCAACACCGGCGACAUCAGCGCCUUCAACGUCUACGCGCCUACUUGCCACGACAAGAAAGUCAGGCCAACAGACUCCAAGUGCACGGACAUUGCUGGUCCGUGCCUCGCACACUUUGUGGAGGCGUACUUGAACCAGCGCCAAGUGCAAACGGCGAUCCACGCCAACACGGCGCUCAAGUAUCCGUGGGUCGGGUGCAGAACCCGGACGUACAACCUGAAACGCUUCGGGGACUCGCCGACGUCGAUGCUGCCGCACCUCAAGGCCCUGGUCACCACCGGCAUCCGCAUCUGGCUAUUCAGCGGCGACUUCGACGCGAUGGUGCCGGUGACGGCGACGAAGCGGUCGGUGGAGAAGCUGCAGCUGGGCGUGGAGAAGGACUGGCGGGCGUGGUCGCCGGGGCCGGGCAAGGACGUGGCCGGGUACGUGAUCGCGUACAAGGGGCUGGUGCUGGCCACGGUGCGCGGCGCCGGCCACAUGGUCACCGUCGACCAGCCGGAGCGGGGGUUCGCGCUCUUCACGUCCUUCCUCCGAGGCGAGCCGCUGCCGUCCGCAGCGCCGCAGACCGACUGA